AUGGCGAUGUCGAGCUCAAGCGACGGAGACGGCGGGCGGCCGACGCUGAACCCGGCGCCGUCGCUCAUCGGCACGAUGAAGCAGUACUUCACACGGUACCGCGCAGUGAAGAACAAGGGGACCAGCCACGCCUACACGCACGACGCUCUCCAGUGUUCGUGGUGCGCCUUCAUUCGUCACUGGAACGCGAGUCGACGCGAAGGGCGUCCGUUCGCGUCGUGGCUCGAAGCGCGGGAGGAGCGGCGAGGCGAGCACUCCAUGACGGAUCUUCGGGAGAGCAUUUGCUGCAUGGCAGAGCGCGAGUGGCGCCUCUGCUACGUUCAUCUUGUCGAAGGUUGCGAGAACUGCGCAGCGACCUGUGAUCGGCCGACGCGGGAUCAAUGGGAGAACCAGACGAGCGGCGCUGGAUCGAUCGUUACGAGCGCUCGCGCUCGGAGCUGGAGCAAGCGCGCCUACACCGUGGACGUGAGCGCUCUCGAAGCCGUGAUCGUCAUGAUAGUCGCGGCCGAAACCGCCGCGACCCUUCGCCGGAGUUUCGUCGCAGCCGCAGUCGUGAUCGAGGGUGGCCUUCGGCUGGGGCACGCGAGCGCAGUCGCUCGCGAGGACGCGGUUCUCCAGCGCGUCAUCGUUCGUCUUCGCCAGCGCGAGUGUGGCCUCAUACUCGCGCACAACAUCCGGGAUAUCCUGCAGCAGGCGACUACGUGGCUCCCACGUAUCCUCCGCUGGCGAAUAUCCCAGUCAGCGGACGCGAUAGUGCUUCUCAGGGGUACGCGCGUGGCUUCUCUUCGGCUUCGACGGCGCAUCACUAUCGCGAGGACCUUCCGCGCGACUCCGGCGGACGUCAUGGUCUACGAUUCGCUCGGUAAUCCAGCGCUGAUCGCCAGCUGCGUUAAUCAGCGGGGGUGGACCAUCGCGACGCCGCCGGUUUCGUCGGUUUCGUCGGCCACGUCAACUCAUCAGCUACUUGCGCGCUCGGAUCCUGCUGCGUCUGUGCCGCGGGUGACGAUCGAGCAGUACCGGAUAAUGAUAGCCGAGGCGGAGCAGGUCCGGAACGACGCGCUGGACGCGCAGAACCUUGCGGAGAGCGCUCGCACUCGGGCGAGCGCGGCCGAGGCAGUGGCGGAAGAGUCUCAGCGUGAUCGACUCGCGCUGGUGGAGCGCCUCCGUCGUUUGGAGAGGGCUGCAUUCGGGGCACCGCAGGCGGAACAGUCUGCGCAUGAGCGUCAGGGACUUGGGCUAAGCUGGCGUCAGCGUCGACGUCAUGGGGGAUCGGACUACAAGCCCGCCCGCGGCACUGAGGACGGGAGUCGGGGACAACAGCAGGAAGAUACGGUUUGA